UGCUCCAUGUGCGCGUGUGUUCAUGGAGAACAGGAAGGCGUCCCGGAACAUAUCCGGCUAAAAUACAAAAUAGUCGUUUAAAGAUAUUUUAAAAAAAGAAAAAAAAUUAGCCUUAAAAUGAAGUUCUCAAGUUGAUUAAAUUAUUAGGGAAAAAAACCGUGAUAUGCUGAAAUUCUGUCAGCGUCUCAGUGUUUUCAGCAGCGGUCAGAAUUUGAAGUCGGUUGUUCAACCCAAAGCUUGGUGCAGGAUUGAAAGGUUUUGUGGACUUUGUGUGCAAGCCAGGAAGAUGUCUGGAGAAGAAAGUCAGAAUCACAGCAACAUUAAUAAGCUGAAAAGAGCUUCAGAAAACACUGAGGUGGAGAAUGAAGCUAAAAAGCUAAAAACAGACGAGGAGAAAAGAUUCCCGAAAAGAAAAGUUGUCCUCCUCAUGGCCUAUUCGGGCAAAGGAUACUACGGAAUGCAGAGGAAUUCUGGAAAUUCCCAGUUUAAAACCAUCGAAGAUGAACUGGUCACUGCGCUCAUCAAAGCUGGGUGUAUUCCCGAAAACCACGGCGAUGAUAUGAAAAAGAUGUCUUUCCAGAGAUGUGCCAGGACCGACAAGGGCGUUUCUGCAGCUGGCCAGGUCGUAUCUCUAAAGCUGUGGUUGAUUGAAAACAUUCUGGAAAAGAUCAACACCCACCUUCCACCACAGAUUAGAGUUCUAGGUUUGAAGAGAGUCACAGGCGGCUUUAACUCCAAAAACAACUGCGAUGCCCGGACCUACUCCUACAUGCUUCCCACUAUUGCGUUCUCUCAAAAAGACACUGACCAAGAGGACGCGUCAUUCCGCUUGGACCCCGAGACACUUCAGAAGGUUAACAAGCUCUUUGCACUCUACAAAGGCACGCAUAAUUUCCACAACUUCACUUCACAGAAGGGCCCUCGGGACCCGAGCGCUAAGCGCUACAUCACGCAAAUGUCCUGCGGAGAACCGUUCAUCCGGCAGGGGGCGGAGUUUGCCGUGAUCACAGUGCGAGGCCAGAGCUUCAUGAUGCACCAGAUCCGGAAGAUGAUCGGCUUGGUGAUCGCCGUAGUGAAGGGGUACGCACAAGAGGAGAUCAUCGAAAGGAGCUGGGACGAAGAGAAGGUCGACGUGCCCAAGGCUCCCGGCCUCGGCCUGGUGUUGGAGUGUGUGCACUUUGACCGCUACAACAAGCGUUUUGGAGGAGACGGUCUUCAUGAGACCCUGGAGUGGAAGCAAGAAGAGGACGCUAUAGCUGCCUUUAAAGAAGCGCACAUUUACCCGAGUAUAGUUGAGACGGAGUGUCAGGAGAAGUCCAUGAUCAGCUGGAUGAGUACACUGCCGAUUCAUGACUUUACUGCCACGGCAACCGGCAAGCAAGAACGCAAGGAUGAAGAUGAUGAUGGAAAUGCUUCAGACUGACACAUCUGCAAAUCAUUUUUUCUUUAUUUUUUUGUUUGUUUUCUCCCCCAAACCUGUUUUUAUUUCGUGUUCCAGUGUUUUCAACAUGACCCUUUUGAAAUAAGCCUUUUAUUUUAUUUGCGGAUUUUAUUGAUAUUUGUGUUCUUUCAUAUGAAAUGUGUAUAUAUAUUAAAUGUCAAAUUAGAA